AUGGACGAGUGGCGUUUCAUGCUGUUGUGGAGGAGAGGGGUCGGGAAGAGCUCCAGUGGGAACACCAUUCUUGGGCAGCAAGUAUUCCCUGUGAACAAGACUCUGAGCAGGGUCACACAGGUUUGUGAUCGAAGAGAGGGGACAGUGGACGGAAGGCCUGUGGCUGUGAUUGACACGCCAGGACUCAAAAACUCUUUUGGUGAUGAGAAGAAAGUUAUUCGUAAGAUCCUAAAAAACACUCUGGAAGGGACUGCUCCAAGUGAUGCUAUCAGCAGUGCAGACCAAGAGCUGCGUGAUCUGAUUCGGGAAUGCACUGGAGGGUUCGUAGUCUUCGACAACAAGGACAUGGCAAACCGGACCCAGGUGACUUUGCUCAAGGAGAAGAUAGACACCCUGAUGGCCCUCAACGUCAACAAGUGGUACCCAAGAGAGUAUUACACGUGGUCCGAGAAGAAGAUCAGAAAGAGGCAUGAGAAGCACAUGGAGGAGAUAUCAGAAGACAUUGCAGAAAAGGAGAGGGAAAUGAAGACGCUCUAUAAUGAUGAUGAGCUGGAAGAUACAGGAGCUCUGGCGGAAGGUAGACGAGGAGCUGAGGUUUUUUGCUAA